CGCGAUUCCGGACCCAGCUCCAGCUCCAGCCCCAGCCCCCGCUCCCGCUCCAGCCCCAGCCCCAGCCCUGGCCUGGCAGCCCCGGCGUCGCUUCAGAGCACGUCAGAGUGCGGUGGCUGCUGACUGCGCGUUCACGACCGGCUGGGAGCCGCAAGCCCCGCCGCCAUUAUGAACAUCCGCAAUGCGAGGCCGGAGGACCUGAUGAACAUGCAGCACUGCAACCUCCUGUGCCUGCCCGAGAACUACCAGAUGAAAUACUAUUUCUACCAUGGCCUUUCCUGGCCCCAGCUGUCUUACAUCGCUGAGGAUGAGAAUGGGAAGAUUGUGGGGUAUGUCCUGGCUAAAAUGGAAGAGGACCCGGACGACGUGCCCCAUGGACACAUCACCUCGCUGGCAGUGAAGCGUUCCCACCGGCGCCUUGGCCUGGCUCAGAAGCUGAUGGACCAGGCCUCCCGAGCCAUGAUCGAGAACUUCAAUGCCAAAUACGUCUCCCUGCAUGUCAGGAAGAGCAGUAACCGGGCCGCCCUGCACCUCUAUUCCAACACCCUCAACUUUCAGAUCAGCGAAGUGGAGCCCAAAUACUAUGCAGACGGGGAAGACGCAUAUGCGAUGAAACGGGAUCUCACCCAGAUGGCCGAUGAGCUGAGGCGGCACCUGGAGCUGAAGGAGAAGGCCAGGCACGUGGUGCUGGGCUCCAUCGAGAACAAGGUGGAGGGCAAGGACAACUCGCUUCCGAGCUUGGGAGAGGCCUGUCGUGAGGAAAAGGGCCUGGCUGCGGAGGGUACCGGUGGAGACAGCAAAGACCUCAGUGAGGUCAGCGAGACCACAGAGAACACCGAUGUCAAGGACAGCUCAGAGGCCUCUGACUCAGCCUCCUAGAGCCUGCACAUGCUCCCCUCCCCGCCCUGGCCUGCCCAUCCCAUCCUCACCUUGAGAGGUUUCACAGUAAACCUCACCCAGUGGCCUUGGGGAAUUAAAAAAAAAAAAAAAAAAACACCAUACCUGUUUAAAUUCUUCAAGUCUUUCUGGGUAAAGCAAAUAUUUUGCAUUUAUUUACUUAAAACUGACAUUAUGUAUUAUGAAUGCAGUACUUCUUCUAAAUGCGUUGUACUGUUUAGUUCUUUA